GAAGUCAUUGUAUGUAAACAAGGUCAAGUAUUCGCCGCAGCAUUUCAGCCUGCACAGACCAACCAGACGACUCUCUCCAGAGAAGACGACAUCACAUCAGCACAACUAUUACAGGAUUUCGGAGAUCUCCAGCCACCAUGAUGCAGUGUCUCCAGUUUCUGGUUGAACCAACCAAGAACGUCACGGAGAAGUUUAAGGAGUUUCGUAAGAAGUCGAAGAAUGAAAAGAGAGAGCCGCUGGACGAGAGUCAGCUGUUUAUUGUGAAUCUCGCCAAGGACCUGGGACGGGUCUGUCAGAGGUCUGAGGUGCUGGAGCACAUCUCCAACAGUGAGGACGUUUGGCCCACACUCACCUGCAGGGCUUUCAUUCUGGAGUGGGCGGCUCUGCUGGAGAGCAAGAAAAGGCCGAUGCAGACUGACGGCUGGCCAGAGAGAAGUGACUGGAAGGAUCUGGCUCUGAGCGGCGAACAGGACCUGGAGAGAGCCAAGAAGGUCAUUAUAACCUGGAGCAAAGACCUGAGAGCCCAGCCUGAGCAAAGCGUGUGGCCUGGAGAGCAGGUGGUGGCGGCUCUGGAUGACCUGGAGGCUCACUGGAAGCGUGGCCGGAUGGAGACCCUGCAGUCCGCCAUGGAGCUGCUGUUCUGGACACUCGUCAACAAAGACCUGGACAAGGAGACUAUUCCUCAAAAGUGGCUUGUGUGGAAACAGAGGAGCCAAAAAAUAGGUGCCGCCCCGUACAUUCCUCACAUGGUGUGGGACUGGAUCUGUGAUGCAGGAGUGGAAGUGACCCUUGACCUGGACACUGCCAACCCUGACCUGCUGAUCUCGGAGGACGAGCGGCGCAUGCGCUGUGGUUUCGAGCGCAGUGACGUGCCCAAUUAUCACCAGCGCUUUGACGGCUGGUGGUGUGCGGUGGGCACUGAAGGCUUCUGCUCCGGCCGCCAGUACUGGCAGGUGGAUGUGGGAGAAAUGGACUGGCGUAUUGGCGUGGCCAAAGAGUCAGCAUUACGGAAGGGCUUUAAGUCUCUGAACACCGACACCGGAUACCUGACCCUGCGACUGGAGCGCGGCACCGAGCUGAAAGCCCUCACCGUGCCGUUCACCUCCCUGCCAGCCACCCUAAUCCCCCGCAAGGUAGGGGUGUACCUAGAUUUCGACCAGAGUCAGCUGUCCUUCUACGACGUGGAGAACCGCUCCCACAUCUACACCUACAACGAGACUCCGGGAGAAAAGCUGUUCCCGCUGUUCGGGACGGUGGAGAUCGUGAAGGAUCUGGUGAUCCGCUCGCCCGGGGCCCGGAGCCACUGCGUGUGCCCCAGCAUGUGCCUGUGGACCUGAGACAACAGCUGGAACCCUAGACCUCUAGAGCAGUGGUUCUCAACUGAGUGCAAGCGGGGGAAAAACCUAUAGCAGGGUAAAAUGUGAAAUGCUAGUAUUUUUAUAUGAUGGAAGAUUUUGUGAAAAAGCUUUAAGUAAAGCAACCAGCUAUCGUAACAUUAAAACUGAGCUAUUCUUUCCCCUUUUACAAGAUGUAAAACAAGUCUCUGAUGUCCCGAGUGUGUAUGU